AUGUUCGGAGGGGGAGGAGGCGGCCUAUUUGGGCAACAGCAGAGCUCGCAAGCCGGCGGACUCUUCGGUGGUGGCGGCCAGCCCGCAGGAGGCGGCUUGUUCGGUGCUCAGCAACAACAACAGAAUGUGGGAGGAGGCCUAUUUGGUAGCAGCCCCCAGUCGGGUCAAGGCGGCGGCCUCUUCGGUGGAGGCGGCGGCUUUGGCCAGCAGCAACAACAACAACGACCAGCCGGUGGUCUCUUUGGAGGAGGGGCUUUUGGUCAACAAUCCUCCGGUGGUGGUCUCUUCGGUGGUGGCGGAGGCGGCUUUGGCCAGCAACAGAAUACUGGUGGCGGCCUCUUCGGAGCACAGCAGCCGGCAGGUGGAGGAAUGUUCGGUCAGCAACAGAGUAGCGCCGGUGGUGGUCUCUUCGGUGGUGGCGCCUUUGGUGGAGGUGCCUUUGGUGGUGGAGGUGGGCAAACGGCAGGCACCUCUCAGGUGAAGUACCAACAGGUCAUCGACCAUGACUCCCGCCUGAAGUUGGAGUCGAUAACCGCUAUGGACGCCUACAAGGGCAAGUCGUUCGAGGAAUUACGGUAUGAGGACUAUGCCCAGGGCAGAGGCCCAGGAGGUGCUGCUGGGGCUACCGGCAUGCAACAACCGGCAGCUUCUGGUGAGAGCCCCCGUCCGUCGGUGUGGGGAAGCUUAAUGGCAGGUGGCUUGUUCGGUGGCCAGCAGUCUGGUGGAGGCGGCGGCCUCUUUGGUGGAGGAGGAGGAGGAGCAUUCGGGCAGCCCCAACAACAGAGUGGUGGUGGAGGACUAUUUGGUGGUGGCGGUAUGCAGCAGCAGCAGAGUCAGGGUGGCCUCUUCGGUCAGAAACCCGCUGGAGGCCUAUUCGGCCAGCCUCAGCAGAACACUGGAGGUGGUCUCUUUGGGGGUGCAGGAGGUGGAGGUGGCCUCUUUGGUGGGGGUCAACAGAGUUCGAGCCAAGGCGGCCUUUUCGGUGGUGGAGGCGGUGGCCUCUUUGGCCAACAGCAGUCAUCAUCUCAGGGAGGGCUCUUCGGUGGGGGUGGUGGAGGUGGCCUCUUUGGUGGUCAGCAGCAAAGUAGCCAAGGAGGGGGUCUCUUCGGAGGAGGAGGAGGCGGUGGAGGCCUGUUCGGCCAGCAGCAGUCCUCACAGGGCGGAGGCCUCUUCGGUCAGCAGCAGUCGAGUCAGGGCGGUGGACUCUUCGGCGGUGGCGGGGGUGGUCUCUUUGGAGGCGCCCAGCAAUCUUCUGGUGGAGGUCUAUUCGGAGGUGCUCAGUCUAGUGCCGGUGGGGGCCUCUUCGGUUCUUCGCCCAAUACUGGAGGCGGCCUCUUUGGCGGUGGCCAACAGUCUACCGGUGGUGGCCUCUUCGGUGGUGGCCAGCAGGCAGGUGGCGGUGGUCUCUUCGGCGGCGGAGGAGGACAGUCCGCUGGUGGCGGUCUCUUCGGUAUCGCCCAGAGUAGCAGUGGCGGUGGCCUCUUCGGUGGCGGAGGUGGUGGAGGCCUAUUUGGUGGUGGACAGUCCGCUGGUGGUGGUCUCUUUGGUGGAGGCCAACAGUCAUCUUCGGGCGGCGGUCUUUUCGGCGGUGGAGGGGGCCUCUUUGGUGGGCAGCAGAGUAGUAGUGGUGGAGGUCUCUUUGGAGGGGGAGGAGGCGGUGGGCUCUUCGGCAAUAAACCGGCCUCUGGGGGCGGCCUCUUCGGAAAUACGGCGGCAUCGGGCGGGGGCUUGUUCGGACAGUCUUCUAGCGGUGGGGGUCUCUUCGGAGGCGGCGGUGGUGGUGGAGGGCUCUUCGGCAGCUCCGCUUCGUCCUCUGGUGGCGGCCUCUUCGGUGGAGGAGGUGGUGGAGGUCUAUUCGGUGCCAAUAAGGCUACUGGUGGUGGUCUCUUUGGGUCCUCCCAGCCCCAAGGGGGAGGUGGUCUAUUCGGUGGAGGCCAGCAACAACAGCAGGCCAGCAUGCAGCCACUGUCUACACCAGCGGCUCUGCCUGUCCCCCCUCGUCCCAGUGGGUUGCUGCUACCCAAGGAGGUCGACAAGAGCCUAGCAGCUUACCUCUGGAAGGAGGAACCUAGGAGUCAUGUCACUCCACCACCCCCUACGACCAGCGGUGGUAGUCCCCAGACCCCAGUGUCGUCGUCGAGAUCCCCUGGUCUCUCCCCGCGCAGUGACAGAUUCUCGAUUCCUGGUCCAGCUCUUGGUGGUGUCCCCCUGUCCCCUGUGAAUCCAUCUUCAAUGAGGCACCUCCACGUCCGGGGUGGCGGCAAUGCUUCCUCCCCCAGUCCGGAUCAUGUGCUGACCCCACGGAGUGCCAUGACCCCUAGGGCGGCCACAGGCCGCGCCAGCACCAUCAGUGGUGGAGGCAGCACCAACCUACUGCUGGAGGACGGUACCGUGCCCUUGCGGAACCCCGAUGCUGUUGGAUCUAGUUUCGUGGCGUUGGCUGAAUACUCUUCUUGCGAACGACGGUCUCUGUCGGCGGAUCGUCGACGGUCCCCGAGUGUGGGGUCUGCGAGGCUACGAGAGCCGGCACCACGCAAUAUGGUGCCGAAGCUUGAAGAUCCCAACAUGUGGAUUCGGCCGUCCCUCGACGCCCUAUCGUUGAUGAGCGAGGCUGAGCUUGCCCGUGUCGACAACCUGGCUAUUGGCCACUACUCCUACGGCAAGAUUACGUGGCCUGGCCUCACUGAUGUACGCUACUUGUCGGUGGACGACACUGUGAAGUUCACUGCAUCGGGUGUUGUUGUCUUUCUAGACGAUUCGGUCCGUCCCCCGGUUGGUAAGGGACUCAAUAAGCCUGCUGUAGUAGAGCUGUAUGUGAAGCCGAAGAAUGCCAAGAAGGCGCGGCAACAGCCCGAGAAGUACAUUGAUCGUAUGCGACAGUUGACUGAGGCCUUGAAUGAUGCUACCUUUCUCUCCUACGAUUUGGAGACUUGGCGGUUCAAGGUUGAUAAUUUCAACAGAGGGCUGGGAAAUGGCCCGCUCCGGUAA